AAUUCCUUGGGAUAUUUUUAUGAAACUUUAGUUUUACCUUGGUUGUGGCAGCAUUGGCGGGUCAGAUUGAAUUACCCAACAGGCCGGAUUUGGUACACAGGCCGUAGUUUUCCCAUGUCAGACCUAGAUAGUCGAGCUCGAAAAUGAAACGUACAAUUAGAAGUAUUAGAUUUUAGUCAAUUAUUUUUGAAAGGCAAUAUAUUUUAGCUGACUGUUAAUUGGUGCUAUAUGUGUUUGAUAAGUACAUCAUCACAUUUUUUAGAUAUUCAAUCAAAAACUAAUGAAUUGCUGGUUUUCUACUGAGCUCUUAAAAAUCUACAUGACAUAAAUACUUUCAUCAAUAUGUUGCAAACCUUGUUGACGAAUGGCUUUUGAGCUGCAGUUAUAAUGAACUCAGAUAUUAGUUUCUUUUCUGAGCUUUCUAAAAUUGAGGCAUUUAAUUGUUGUUCGUACACGGGCCUAAGAUAAGUUUACUAUUCCAUCAAAUGUUUUUGACAUCCAUUUGGUAAGGGCAUGUCAACUCCUAAGACACCGGAAAUGAAGCCUCUUAGAGAAUCGUCUUACUUCCUGGAAAAUAUUGAGAAGUGUUUUGAUUGUUUCCUCUGUUUUCUAAGAAGAAUAAAUUGUUUCGAAAAGUGAUUUGGUCAAAGUCCUUCUGUGGGACUAAAGCAAGGGAUAACAAACGAUAUAGCUUGAAUAUCGCACAGUUCACAAACUGUUUUCAAUUAUCUACGUUCUGUGAUUUUGCCAUUUUUCUUCUGAAUUCAUUUUGAUGUUGAUAUGAUGAAGCAGAUGAAUAAAAUGGUGAAGAUUUGUCUGGUGUUGCUUGGAUAUUUGAUGGUCAAAACUGUAGGCGCAGUUGACUUUUCUAAUACAACAACAAUAAGCAACAAAGAAGGAUCCUCAGCUGAAAGUAAUGUAGCUCUUCCAACACCCCCGUAUCCAACCACCAGUGAUCCCAACAGCGUUCACAUUUAUCAUUUCUCGGAUCUACUUGAUCGGAUGCCUGACUAUGACUAUUAUCUGUUGAAUCCAGGCGAUGUGUCUCGAGACGAAGAAAACUUUCAUGACAAUACGUUUAUGUUUUGGGGAUGCUUCAAAAAAUCAAAUGUUAUUAUGAAAGGAAAGAGGGCCAAUUCCAAUUCACAAAAUGGGAAGUCGAAUAUCGGAAAGUGCAGGACAAUAUGUUCUUUAAAUGGGAAAUGCCAGAUGUGGUCAUUCAAUCACAGGGACACAGAUGACUCAGAUUGUUACUACAAGAUGAAAACUGACAAUUUGAAUGAAUUGAAAGUUGUUUCUUCCCAAGAUGCUCGCCUUGAAUUCAGAACCUGCCACUCUGGUUAUGUAGGUUGCUAUAUUGGAAUUAGAAACAGGGGAAAUGCUGAAUUUGUUACAACAGCCAAUGGAGUCCAUUCAUGCAUCAACAAAUGUGAGCAAAUGGAAUACCCUUAUGCUAUAUUUAAGGAUUCCAAGUAUUGUGAGUGUGCAAAUCUGUUUCCUGAUCUACAAAUAACUGAUAAAAAUGUGAAAUGCAUUUUACCAUCGAAAAGUUCUGACAGAUUUGCAGUUUACAAAACAGGUUCUGAAUUUGCAGACACUACAUUAUGUAUUAUUGGUUCAAAUAUGGAUUAUGAGACAGAAAAUUCAAUUUAUCAUACAGGUAUUAGCUCUAUUCAAAAAUGCAAAAAGUUGUGCAUGAAUUUUCAAGAUCAUGGCAAAACAUGUCUUAUGUGGUGGUAUAAUAUGACUCAUUGCAAAAUUAUUCUGAAAACGGUUCACAAAGGUUUUUUUGUAAAAAGUUCGAACUCAUUCAUCGGAUUUGCAACUUGUGGGAAAGAGGAUAAUGUGAAUAAUGUAAAUUGUGCUGAUGAUACGAGCAAUGACAAUUCUGCUGAAGAAAGGAAUACAAAAAUUGCGUUUGCCGCAGUAUUUUGUGCAGUUGUGAUUUUUCUGUUAUUGGCAAUUGCAUAUGUUUGUGGAUGCCUAAGACUCUCAAAAGUUAACUCAAAAUCACAAGAAUCAAGCAAGGAUUUCUCAAACAGUAAUACAAUGCAAAAUGAUAUUCAUUACGUCAAGAAUCAGAAACAUGAAUUUGCUGGUGUGAAUGGAAAGAAACUUAAAAUACAGAAACCUAAAAGAAGAUAUGUCAAUGUAUUUUCAAAACCCGGCAUUUCAUUUAUCACAGCACACAAUAACGACCCCAAAAAACAAUAUCCUGAUGGUCAAGGCACUGAAUUAACCAGUUUGACCCAGAAAAAUAGCAAUGCUGCUGGAUGCGCACACGAAACGGAAUAUGUUACAUUGGAAACUUACAAUGAGAUGAAGAAUAAUAACAACUACAUAAAACCCGAAACAACAGCCAAGUGACUGGAUUAAAUUAAAAUACACUGCCCGACCAAUACUCUACUAAAGUCAAUAUAUUGAAAUGAUUUUCAUCUUUUUGUUGAAAAAAAAACUGCAAUCCCUCAUAAUUUCAUGGCGUAGAAAAGAGUAAAUUUUUUAAAUUUCCAAUCUGGUUAUAUUCCUUCAGAACCUGGAUAUUUUAAUGGGAAAUGAAAUUCCACUUAGAUAUUCGCCCAGUCGCAAUGACGUGGGAACGUUUCUUAUUAUCUGGCAACUGAACACACGAGGUCAAAACAUACUUUUCGACAUUUUAUGUUCAUUAUCUCUUGGUGCUUCUUCUUGUGUAUACUUAAUGUACAUAAUUUCAUGAUUUGUUCUGAACAAGGUGAUUUAUGAAUGCAAAUAAACUUUAAUGAAAAA